CUGCGUCAGGCGGCCCGUGCCGGAAGCGCGGGGAGGAAGGCUCGAGCUGCCCGGCGGCUCCGCGGCGGGGCCAUGGCGGCGGGGUAUCAGUACAGGCCCAACGGCGGCGGCGGCGCCGCGCUGCCCGACCCCGCCUUUCUGUGGAACGUCUUCCAGAGGGUUGAUAAAGAUCGGAGUGGAAUAAUAUCUGAUAAUGAACUUCAGCAGGCAUUAUCAAAUGGCACAUGGACUCCAUUUAAUCCAGCGACAGUCAGGUCGAUUCUCGGCAUGUUUGACAGAGAAAACAAAGGUGGCGUGAACUUCAAUGAAUUCACAGGAGUCUGGAAGUACAUCUCAGACUGGCAGAAUGUCUUUCGAACGUAUGACAGAGACAAUUCUGGAAUGAUUGACAAAAAUGAACUAAAGCAGGCACUAACAGGUUUUGGUUACCGACUGUCUGACCAAUUCUACGAUAUCCUUAUUCGGAAAUUUGACAGACAAGGAAGAGGACAAGUUGCUUUUGAUGACUUUAUUCAGUGCUGUGUUGUUUUACAGAGACUGACUGAUGUGUUCCGACGAUACGAUACUGAUCAAGAUGGCUGGAUUCAGGUGUCCUAUGAGCAGUAUCUUUCCAUGGUCUUCAGCAUCGUAUGACACUGAUAACUAGGAACUGCACACUGGCAUUACACAGACUGGAGUUGCCAAAUUAUCCUCUCCUGAAUAAGAUUAUCGAUGUACUAUAAUGGAUAUAACGUCACAUUCUUAAAUUUUGUAUGUUGGUCAUCACCUUCAGCAUCUGCACUUGAGUUGGGUUUUAUUUUGUAUUACUGUACCAUAUGACCAUCUCUGCUUACUGUAGCACAGAAAGCACAGAAUCUAGAUUUAAGUGGUGCAAUGUCAAAUUAACCUUCUUCCACAUAUCCUGCACGGGGAAAAAUGACUCUUUAGAAUUGCCAAAUUAAAAUAAUGCUUGUUAGUCUGUAAGAGAGUUGAAAGUCAGAAGUUGCACAACAUGUUUUGCAUGUGCCUUACUUUUAUAAGAGUUUAAUGUAUUAAUUUUUAAUACAGAAUUGAAAAUUAAGUAAAAAUAUUAUAUCAACUUU